CAGUCCGAUGCGGGCUUUUUAAUCCCAGGAAAUCGACUUCAACUUCUCCUCUUCAUAUCAUCAUCGACGAUUGUGCGAAUUCUCAUGUAGCCCGCAAGCUUGAAGCAUUGAUAUGACUUGUUGAUUCUAUGGAUGUCUCUUUUUGCCACGAGGAUCUCAAAGGCUUUGAAAACAUAUAAAUUCCGUAGCUUCCUUCGCCACCCUAACUGGCAACUUCCCCCCUUCUCCCUACACCUCCUGUGCACCCUCAGAAGUGGCUUAUCCGAUCAAGCAUCAUGGCUUUGCUUCCUUACACCUGCAAAAUGAUUCUAAUUUCACUAUAUAUCUUCGCCUUCUCCAUGAGGGUUGAUUCUCAACCGAUUUCCCUUCAGGAGAUUGCUGAUCAACACGCCACUCUAAUGCCACGUCACCCACAGGGCACGUUUUCCAGCACGUCUGAUAUACAAGGCCGAGUCUCAUCCUUGUCAAGACAUACUGCCUCGGAUCUUGCCGGUCCGGAGCGAAGCAUUGCCACUGCGCCCAACUGGCCACCAUCAUCCUCAUCAUCUUACCAACGAUCGAUGGCAGCUGCUCCGGGAUCCAAUGGCCGAAGGUCGGCACCAUACCCAGUAGGUGCUUCAAUGGCCCGCGUUCAACCUGGGCAGCUGGCCCGACCAGGAUCGGGUAGCACCCACUCAAUAUCUGUUUGCUCGUACGAUGAAAGCUACGGUUGUUGGUAGUAGCUGGGCUAUGAUAGAUGAAAUCAUAUUUCCCUCUUCCUCUGUUCUUGUUUUUUAUGAGAAUCAGCUUCAGUCAGAUUAACCUUUUUGGAAAGUUUUGCAUGAAAAACAAGAUACAAGAAAUGCACUUCAGUAAUGUUUGCCGAUGAGAUCCAAACCUCUGGGGCUGUUGAAAGAUCGACCCGACCGUCUCCGGAGAAAUACAAUUUCCUGGUGGCCAGUGCGCAAUCGAAUUUGACGAUAAUCACUUUCUAUGGAUUAUGCAACUUGAAAUAGUUACAAUGGACGCCAAAAUUUGUCUUCCAAAUUUGCUCUGUUAUCAAGUUCCUCUUUUGAAUUCUAUGCAUCCUUGAAUGUUUUUUGGAUUUAAUUUCAUUUUUAG